AUGAAUGAUAAUAUGAAUGAUGGUGAUAUUAAUAAUAUAAAUGGUAAUGCCCAUACAUAUAAUUCUGAAACUAAUUAUAACCUUCAUUCAAGAAAAUGUGUUGAUUAUAAAGUCUUAAUAGAUUUAGAAGUGAAGAAUAUACAUGAUGUUAAUGAAUCAUACACCAAUAUGAAUGAUAAUAUGAAUGAUGGUGAUAUUAAUAAUAUAAAUG